CUAAAAGAUAACGAUGUCAUAAAUUAAAGUACAAUGAUUGCAAGAAAUGCAAAGACUGAUAGAGAACUUAAACGACGAAGAUACCCAGAUAUCCCUUAUAGCGUUCUUGUGCUUCUUCGUGGCAUGGAUAACGAUAACGAAUUUCAUACAAACGAUGAGUUGAGUAGUAACAUUCAUUGAAUUCAUCGAACAAAUCUGCAGUAAAUCAACAUGUAAAAUGGAUUCGGUGGUGAAAAAUUUCAGCGAAGCAAUGUCGAACCAGGACACCCAAAUGGCCGUAGCCGGUUUCCUGUGUUUCAUAGGCGGUUGGAUAGUGCUCACCAGGGCCGUGCAAUUUCUGAUAUCCAU